AUGAGUGGAAUUCCUUCGCGUCGCAGGGUCACAUACGCCCAGCUUGAGCAGUUGUGGGAAUUCCUAAAUAGAAAUAGGCAUAUUGCCACAGGUUUCAAUAAAACUGCUCAAGCUAGGGAAUUCUCUAAGAGAAUGUGGGAGGAAAUUACGCAAACUUUAAAUUCUCAUGGAGAUGGAGCCAUAAAGGACUGGAAAGGAUGGUGCAAAUAUUGGAAUGAUUACAAAUCAAAAUUAAAAAAAAUGACAGCAGCGCUGAGGGUUUCCCAGCAGCGGACCGGAGGUGGCCCAUCCCAAGUCAGGGAAAUGAAUGAAAUAGAAAAAAAAUUUUUAAACUUGUUGGGAGAAGACUUUGGUCAAGGUGUACCAGGAGCAAGAGUGGAGCCAUUUGAAGAGGUAUAA